AUACCGUCCCCCAAGCUAUUCUCACCCCCUUGAGCCUAUGGCGUUUGACUUGUUAUACGGACGGGCGGAGCCGCGGUUAUUGCCCGAAUCUUCGGCAUCUAGAGCUGGUAUGGGGUUCCGACUUGGAUGAGGAUGGGGUUUUAACUGUACUUGAGUCGCGACGAGGGGUUCUUGAAUCUGCUUUGAUUGGCCCUAGGGCAGGCAAAGACGUGACUUCAGAGACGAUCCAAUGCCUGAAGGCAUUACGGAAAAACGGUUUACAGGUGUCGUUAAUCUGACCCUUGCCCACUUGUGUCCCCUCGGAAUUGCCUUGAAUGGUGCAAGGCAGAUGAUCAGAGCCGGGACAAUACUAAAGUGUGGCCACCAGAGCACAUUAUUUUGUUCCAAAAUUAUUAUGUCAGAGCAGGUUCUAUUAGUAUCAAAAGUACAAGAUCAGCAUUUGCAGGCCAGUGAGACGUGUCACAUGUCAUUAAACACGGAGUCCUUUUUUCUUUUCCCCUGCUCCUUUUGCCUGUUCUUCAUUGUACAUGUGUUGCUCUGUCCAUCCAUCCAUUUGUCCUGAGCAUCAUUGAAAAUUUGUUGUUUCCCGUAUAAAAGAGGAUAAGCAGAAGGGCACAAGGAAAAUACGUCGACGCGCAAUAAAAA